UAGAGGUGAUGUAGCCUAUUCCAAAGUUUAAAAGGUAGUCAGCGCCCUAUAUGGUUCUGGGGGUAGUAAUAUUCAAAUUUCCCCAUACUUACAGAAGUGCAUGAUUAUACAGUAUCUCUCAAGUAACCCACAAAAACUCAAUGUACGGUUUUGUUUCACACUUAAGAGUGUUUGUAGAAGCAUCGGAGACCCAAAUGGUAUAAGAGCACAGAGAAGGUGAGUUUUGCAUAACAUGGGCCCCCAUAAGCCCAGCAGGGCAGGAAGUGGCUUUCUUGAUUUAUGUGAAGACACACCCAGAAACACACACAUUGAUGCAGGAGGAAAAUGGAGGAACUGAAAGUAAGUUGAAACUCUUUGUUCUUGAGGAAGCAGACGCUCUAGAUCAUUGCUACUUAUUCCCUGCGUCAUGACUCCAGGCUCUGUCUGUAGCCACGCAGUUGUGCUGCUCAGUGUCCUGCUGUGCCAGCUUCACCUGUGCACAACCAGCGAGCAGCAUGGGGCUCCACCCAACAACACCCAACACUCACCCAACAACACCCAACACCCACCCAACAAACACAGCCACCCCUGCAUGCCGUCAGCGUGGCGCUCCGCAUACGACACCUUCCUGAAGCGCCACCUACCCGAAGACCAGCCCAGCUCUCUGGACCAGAACCAGUGGGAGAGUUUCAUCAGGCAACACAAGCUCUGUCACCGACCCACCCAGUCCUUCCUCCACCCGGAGGACAAGCAGCAGGUGCUGGACGUGUGUUCGGCGGCCGGAGGCAGGACGAUGCAGAACAACCUGUGCAUCAGCGGACAGGAGUUCUCCUUCACCACAGUGCACCUUCUUUACAAAGACUGCACCAUCAAGAAAGUGUUCUCUGAGACCAAGCAUCUCAUUCUGGCCUGCGAUGACAUCGACGGAGUGUGCCGACCUGUUCACUUUCAGAGAAACCCAAACGGCACGAAACCUGACCAGAACCGUCAGCCUCCGUGCGAGUGGCCCCAGAGUUCAGGGACGGAGCGGACCAUAGCCGGCUGUGCCAGUGUGAUGCUACCCCUCAGCCUACUAUGGCCUCUGUGGUACUAGCAGCAUAAAGAAUUAUGUUGACUAGUCAGAUCUAGCAAUAAUAUCUUAGUAGCCUAUAGGACAAUAAUACACACACACACACACACACACACAUUUAAACAAACACACACACAGAAGCAAACAACACAUGCUAAUACAUACUAUACAUGCACAAAUACACACAAUUACAUGUUUGUACGCGACACACACAAACACAAGCUCUCUCUCUCAAACACACAGGUAUGUGAUGUGUUGAAUUAUCAUGCAGUAUGUGGAUAACCAAAAAUUUUAAAGAAAUCUAAAGCGUGUUGUGCAAAUACAUUUCUCUCAUUGUAUUAAUCAUGUUGUGGAAAUACAUUUCUUUCACUGUAUUAAAACAAGUUAUUUUGUGAUUGUGAACGCAAAAUACCGUUGACCACAUAGAAAUGUCAUGUUGUUGUCUCAAAUCUUUACCUUUUCUUUUAAGAUGAGACAUGAUCCAGUAUAAAUUUACUGUCCAAAGCCUGUCAAAGUGUUUACAGUAAGAGGACAAAUUGUCUUGUUUGAACCACAGACGAAUAUAUUGCAAGAGGCAUGCCAGAUUUAAGUCCUACCAAAGGUAGAUACUGAAUAGCUAGCUUUGCGCUUUGUGGUGUGGUCUGAUUAAAAUGUUAAAUUGUGGUCAUGUAAAACUAAAUAAAAAAGUUC